GUCACCAUGGGGAAGGACUUCUACUUGUAUGAGAACAUCUCGAAGGUGAGCCCCUUCGAGGGGCCACAGUAUCACCUGGCCCCCAUGUGGGCCUUCUACCUGCAGACGGCCUUCAUGGGCUUCGUGUUUAUUGCGGGCACACCUUUAAAUGGUAUCGUUCUCGUCGCCACGGCCAAAUACAAGAAGCUCCGGGUCCCUCUGAACUACAUCCUCGUCAACAUCUCCUUCGCCGGGUUCAUCUUCGUCACCUUCUCCGUCAGCCAGGUGUUCAUCUCCACCAUGAGGGGCUACUUCUUCCUGGGACACACGCUGUGUGCGAUGGAGUCCGCCAUGGGCUCAAUAGCAGGGCUGGUGACUGCCUGGUCUCUGGCUGUUCUGUCCUUCGAGCGAUUCCUCGUCAUCUGCAAACCGUUCGGAGCCUUUAAGUUUGAAAGCAGCCACGCCUUGGCUGCCGUCGGCUUCUGCUGGUUCAUGGGCAUCGGCUGCGCCAUCCCGCCUUUCUUCGGCUGGAGCAGGUACAUCCCCGAAGGCCUGGGCUGCUCCUGCGGACCCGACUGGUACACCAACAGCGAGGAGUUCAGCUGCACCAGCUACACCUACUUCCUGAUGGUGACCUGCUUCAUCGCUCCGCUCACCAUCAUCAUCUUCUCCUACUCGCAGCUCCUGGGCGCCCUGAGAGCGGUCGCCGCCCAGCAGGCCGAGUCGGAAUCCACCCAGAAGGCCGAGAAGGAAGUGUCCAGGAUGAUCGUGGUGAUGGUGGGCUCCUUCAUCACCUGCUACGGCCCCUACGCCCUGGCCGCCCUCUACUACGGCUUCUCUGCUGAUGAGAACAAAGACUACCGACUUGUCACCAUCCCAGCGUUUUUCUCCAAGAGCUCCUGCGUCUACAACCCACUCAUCUACGUCUUCCUCAACAAACAGUUUAAUGCCUGCAUCAUGGAAAUGGUGUUUGGGAAGACAAUGGAAGAGACAUCUACAGUGUCCUCCAAGACUGAGGUGUCUUCAGUGUCCACAUCUUCCUAA